CUCCGCCUCCAGCCGCAGCCCAGAGCUCGCUGCACCGCUCCCCGCUCGCACCCUCUGCGCCUCGCUCCGCUCCGACAUGGCAAAAGUGUCCAGCCCUACAGAGACCGAGCGUUGCAUCGAGUCCCUGAUUGCAGUUUUCCAGAAGUAUGCUGGGAAGGACGGGAACCACUGCAGCCUCUCGAAGACUGAGUUCCUAAGCUUCAUGAAUACAGAACUGGCUGCCUUCACAAAGAGUCAGAAGGACCCCGGCGUCCUUGACCGCAUGAUGAAGAAACUG